AUGGCCAUCUCUUCUGUCCUCGGCCACCCAUCACCAUGUUCUCCCUCCAAUUCACCUCUUGCGAAGGCACACCAGUCAACCAUUUUAGCAAACGGAAGGCGGGGCCUGGAAGAAGCAAUGAUUUCUUUGGAAAAUUAUUCCCUGAAGGGAAAGAAACUCGAGGAUCUUCAAGCUGACUACCAUUCUCUUAUCUCUCUCUGCAUAUCCCACAAGUCCCUCCGCCAAGGCAACCGCCUGCGAGCCCACAUGGCUCGCAUCGGAUACAAGCCUGGCGUCUUCUUAGAUAACCAGUUCAUCAACCUGUAUGCAAAAUGUGAGCAGGUUGACAUGGCUCGGGAGCUGUUCGAUCAAAUGCCUGAAAGGAAUGUUGUUUCUUGGAAUGCUCUGAUUUCUGGCUACUGCUUGAAUGGAUGCUUCAUUGACGCUUUCGCGCUCUUCGAAACCAUGAUAACUGUAGGACCAAGGCCUAAUCACUUAACUUACAUGAGUGCUCUGCGAGCUUUGGUUGGUUUGAGAAGUUUGGAGCUUGCGAAACAGAUUCACUCUCAGCUACUAAAGACAGCUCUUUUCCAUCGAACUGAAGUCGGGAAUGCGUUGAUCAACACGUACUCAGAAUUUGGAAGACCGGAAGAUGCUGAAGCAGUGUAUGAGAGCAUGGUCGAGCGAGACGAAGUCUCAUGGAAUUCUCUGAUUGCAGUGCAUGUUCAAAACAGGCAUGCCGAGCGAGCAAUGGCUGUGUUUGUGGACAUGCUGAAGGAAGGCCAAACACCCAAUGAGUUCACCUUUGGAAGUCUGCUAGGAACAACAGAUGUAGCUAUCAUCGAGGAACUCCAUGCACAGGUUACCAAGAGGGGACUGGGGAGCAAUGUUUUCACUGGGACUGCGCUGUUGGAUGCCUAUGCCAGGUGUGGGAACCCGCGAGCAGCAUGGCUGGUCUUUGAUUCGAUAACCGAACGGAAUGUUAUUGCUUGGAACUCCAUUAUUGAUGCAUGCUUUGGAAAAAACAUGGUUCAUGAAGGUCUCGAGCUUUUUCUUCAAAUGAGUGAGCAGGGCACAGCACUGGAUGAUUAUACCAUCUCCAUCCUGCUGAAGGCGACCAUAACUCAUUUUUCAAUCUUUGUAGGGAAGCAGCUUCAUGGGCUUGCAAUCAAGGGGGGUUUGCAGACAGAUACCUUGAUUGGAAACAGCCUCAUCACAAUGUAUGCCAAACUUGAAGGUGUUGCAGAAUCCUGGAGCGUGUUCAAAGAUAUUUCAGAACCUGAUCUCAUUUCUUGGAACUCCAUGAUUCAAUCUUACGUGCAGAAUGAGAAAUUCGAACAAGCCCUGACACUUUUCGCAGAAAUGAGGCUUUCCGAGAUCGAGCCGGAUGAGUUCAGCUUUGUCGGUGCCUUGGCUGCUUGUGGAUCACUGGCUUGGCACAGACAUGGAAAAGAAGUUCACUGCGAACUACUCAAGAGAGGCCUUGUUCCAGAUGCCUUUGUAGGAAGUGCUCUUAUUGAUAUGUAUGCUAAAUCUAUGGCUGUAUACGAUGCUAGGAAGGUAUUUGAUGCGAUCAGAAAUAAAGACCUGAUCACCUGGAACACAAUGGUUGCAGGGUUUGCUCAGAGUGGCUAUCUGGAUGAAGUUAUGAAACUACUCUCCUUAAUGAGAGAAGAGAAUUUAGAACCUGAUGGUUUCACCUUUGCGAGUGUUCUUGCAGCAUGUGCAAAUGCAACAGCAAUACAACAAGGAAGACAAGUGCACACUCUAAUCUUGAAAUCAGAAAUUAAUAUGGACACAGCUGUAGCCAAUGCCCUGAUAACCAUGUACAGUAGGGCAGGAAGCAUAAAGGAAGCAGAACAAGUUUUCUCAAAACUCGAUGAUAAGAACAUAGUAUCAUGGACAGCAAUGAUUGGAGGUUUUGUGCAGGGUGGCUAUUUGAAAGAGGCUCUUGCAAUGUUUGACCAAAUGGAGAAUACUGGGGUGAAACCAAAUAGCAAAACUUUUGUCGCAUUGUUGACAGCUUGCAGCUAUGCAGGGAUGAGCAGUGAAGCUGGGAAGUAUUUUAAGUUGAUGGAGGCAAGAUAUAAAAUCAGACCUGGUUUUGACCAUUAUGCUUGCAUGGUGGACAUCCUAGGAAGAGCAGGGAGACUAAAUGAAGCGGAAGAUUUAAUAAAACAAAUGCCUUUUGAGCCAGAUGCACUUGUGUGGAGGAUGCUGCUGAGUGCUUGCAGGAUACAUGGCGAUUUAGAUAGAGGGAAAAGGUCCAUGGAACGGAUACUGGCUAUAGAACCUGGUGAUUCUGCAGCUUAUGUGUUACUUUCGAACUUAUAUGCUGCCUUAGGGCACUGGGAUGGUGUGGUGGAAGUCAGACAAUUGAUGAGAAAACAUGGGGUGAAAAAAGAGCCAGGGAAGAGUUGGAUCGAGCUACACAAUACAAUCCAUGAGUUCAUGGCGGGAGAUCGGUUGCAUCCACAAGCAGAUCAAAUAUACUUGAAUUUGAGAGGGUUGUUCAAACAAAUGAAAGAUGAAGGAUAUGCUCCAGGCAUGAGGGUCUUGGCCGAAUCCCUUUGUCGUGCUGUUAGGAAGAAGUCAAGAUCCAAGCUUGGCAGACCUUCUCGACUGUCGAAGAAACCAAGAGAAAGAUCCCCUCCUUAG